UACAGUUUCUUUCCCGCUGGGAAAAAAAUAUAAAAACGAUACACAUGCACCUCGAAAUACCGUUCCAGAAUGGGGCUUGGCUAUGCUUCAAUGCAGACGGCAUAUAAACACUGCGAUGCCGAACACCAUCAUAAAUUCAUAUUUUUCAUGAUCCCAAUUCCAACGUUCCUACGUAAAAAAUAUGGGGUCGAGUAUCGUGCAGCGUGGAGGCGCUGAGAGGUUCGUUAACGCGGUGCGACAGCUUGAAACACCACUUAAUUGGUAGCUUGCCAAAUAACAAAUAGAUCCCAGUUGUUUCAUCUUAAGGUUUCAAUCCAUAUUGGCUCUGUCUUGCAUAAUACCACUUUUUCAGAUAUCUUCUUCUGCUUGUCAAAAUGUUCAAAUUCUUGAGGGGUGUUGUUGCCGGAUCUGGGACGGGGAUAAAGGAUCUACCUUAUUACAUCGGAGAGCCAUACUCUACCGCUUGGGGUUCAUGGACUCACUAUCGCGGCACUUCUAAGGACGAUGGGUCUUUGGUUUCCAUAUUUUCUCUUUCAGGAAGUAAUGCCCAGGAUGGACACUUAGCUGCUGGCCGUAAUGGUGUCAGGCGCCUCAGAACGGUUAGGCAUCCAAAUAUCUUAUCAUUUCUUCGCAGCACCGAGGCUGAGACUUUUGAUGGUACAGUUAUGAAGGUUACCAUCUACAUUGUAACUGAGCCUGUCAUGCCACUUUCCGAGAAGAUAAAAGAAUUAGGUUUAGAAGGUACUCAAAGGGAUGAGUAUUAUGCAUGGGGAUUAUGUCAAAUUGCUAAAGCUGUGAGCUUUCUAAAUAAUGAUUGUAAACUUGUUCAUGGAAAUGUAUGUUUGUCCAGCGUUGUUGUAACACAAACUUUGGACUGGAAGCUGCAUUCUUUUGAUGUUUUAUCCGAGUUUGAUGGGAAGAAUGAAGCUUCUACUGGGCCAAUGCUGCAAUAUGAAUGGCUAAUUGGAUCACAAUACAAGCCGAUGGAGCUGUCAAAAUCUGACUGGGCACUUAUCAGAAAAUCUCCACCAUGGGCUAUUGAUUCUUGGGGAUUAGGUUGUCUUAUUUAUGAGCUCUUUUCUGGGAUGAGGUUGGCAAAAACUGAGGAUCUACAUAACACUGGUUCCAUUCCAAAAUCUCUACUUCCAGAUUAUCAGAGGCUUUUGAGUUCAACACCUGCUCGUCGAUUGAAUGCUUCAAAGCUUAUAGAUAACGGUGAGUUUUUUCAGAAUAUGUUGGUAGAGACCAUACAAUUCAUGGAAAUUUUAAAUUUGAAAGAUAGUGUUGAGAAGGACACCUUUUUCCGUAGGCUUCCAAACUUGGCUGAGAAACUACCUCGCCAAAUUGUUCUAAAGAAGCUACUCCCUUUAUUAGCUUCGGCUUUAGAAUUUGGUUCAGCUGUUGCUCCUGCCUUAACUGCAUUGCUCAAGAUGGGCUCAUGGCUUUCAACUGAAGAAUUCAAUGUUAAGGUGCUACCAACUAUUGUGAAACUCUUUGGCUCCAACGACCGAGCUAUUAGGGUCAGCCUUCUUCAGCACAUAGACCAAUUUGGAGAAUCAUUAUCAGCUCAAGUUGUAGACGAGCAAGUAUACCCUCAUGUUGCCACUGGGUUUUCUGAUACUUCUGCUUUUCUUCGGGAAUUGACAUUAAAGUCUAUGCUCAUUCUUGCUCCUAAGCUGUCUCAACAUACUAUUUCAGGAUCAUUGCUCAAAUAUCUUUCCAAGUUACAGGUAGAUGAAGAACCAGCCGUUAGAACAAAUACCACCAUCCUGCUUGGCAAUAUUGCUGGAUAUCUUAAUGAGGGGGCAAGGAAGAGAGUUUUAAUCAAUGCAUUUACAGUUCGUGCAUUGCAUGAUACUUUCUCUCCUGCCCGCGGAGCAGGGGUUAUGGCUUUAUGUGCUACCAGUUCAUAUUAUGACACAGCAGAGAUUGCAACUCGAAUUCUGCCAAAUGUUGUUGUACUUACUAUUGAUCCUGAUGGUGAAGUUCGAUCUAAGGCCUUCCAAGCAGUUGAUCAGUUUUUGCAGAUAAUGAAGCAACAUAAUGAGAAGAUGAAUAUGGAUGAUAGUAAUGGAACUUCAAGCAUUGGAAUCCCAUCAAUAGCUGGAAAUUCAAGUUUGCUUGGAUGGGCUAUGAACUCCUUGACACUCAAGGGUAAAGCUUCUGAACAAGCUCCCCUUGCCUUAGCAAAUGCAAGCACCCCUCUUGCUUCUGCAACCUCCAGCACCAGCUCAGUGGCCAAUACUGCAGAUACAGUGGCCAUCCCUGCAAGUUUGGUUAGUGAUUUGGCUGAUCAACCUGCACCUACAUCCCCAACAUCAACGGAUAGUUGGGGAGAACUUGAAGAUGUAAUCCAUGAUGGUCACAAUGGUAACAAAGAUGGAUGGGAUGACAUUGACCCAUUUGAGGAACAGAAGCCACCUCCAGCCCUUGCAUCAAUCCAAGCUGCACAGAAGCAGCCAGUUUCACAACCAAAACCUCAAGUUACUGUUCAGCAGUCAAAAAAUAUGGUAAAGGGGAUCAAGGAGGAAGACAAUCACCUAUGGGGUUCUAUUGCUGCACCUGCUCCGCAAACAUCAUCAAAACCUUUGAAUUUGAAACAAGCAAAAACACAUGAUGAUGGUGAUCCUUGGGCAGCCAUUGCUGCUCCUCCACCUACCACAAAGGCAAAACCUUUGUCUGCUGGCAGAGGCCGAGGAACUAAAGGUGCUGCUCCAAAAUUGGGUGCACAAAGGAUAAACCGAACAUCUUCUAGUGUGCUAUAAAUUUCAAAUGCGGGGCAAGGAAAUGUUCAAGAGAAAUGGUUUGAUUUUUUUUUUCCAUCGUGAUUAUUUCUUUUUUAAUGUCAAUGAAGAUGAUGGUUUUUUUUGGUAAAAUAUGGAGACCUGAAGUUGUGUAAUAUAUUCUUUUAACAUUUGUUUUGUAAUAACAUUUUUAGGCAAUGUAUCUAGGGAUUCCAUUGUGAAAUCACUUAACUGAAAAUGUAUCAGGUUAUGUAUA